UAAAGUCUUAUUAACCCCUGCUCUUCUUGUACAGAUCUUUGUAAGGGAAUCUCUGCCACAAACUGGAACCAGAUUCUCUUUUGGACAUAACUUGCACACAUUUCCCCGAGGAGACUUACCGUAAGGGCAGAUUGGAUGCAUUUGUCACCGGAUAUGAUGAACUCGGUGGAAGAUGGCUGCCUCUCAACGGACAACUACCACGACCUCGGGAAAGGUUGUGCGUCAGGGAUGGGAGGCCGUGUCCACAGCAUCGACGUGAUUCUGGGCUUCAGUAAGGACCAGGAUUCUCUGCUCAACCCGGUGGGGCCUGUCGGCACACACAAAGUGGACGAAGAGGAGAAACAAGUGACAUCUGACCCCUACGGUCACCUGCAAAGUCUUCCGAAUAGUUCACAGCAGUCAGCGUUUCAUGAUACUGAACUUUUCUCCACGGAGAAGUGCGAGGCAGAUUUGGGAGAUCCUCAGAGCAAUGUGGAGAGCGACAGCCGCUCCCCGGACCCUCCUGAUGAGGAUCAACCUAAAAAGAAACACAGACGCAACAGAACAACCUUCACCACCUAUCAGCUACACGAGCUGGAGCGCGCCUUUGAGAAAUCCCACUACCCGGAUGUCUACAGUCGUGAGGAGCUGGCAAUGAAAAUCAACCUCCCAGAAGUUCGCGUUCAGGUUUGGUUCCAGAAUCGGCGUGCUAAAUGGCGGCGGCAAGAAAAAAUGGACACUGGGAGCAUGAAGCUCCACGAUUCGCCCAUGCUGACCUUUAACCGACCGACCAUGGCGCCCAACGUGGGGCCAAUGACCAAUUCUCUGCCUCUGGACCCUUGGUUGUCCUCGCCGCUCUCCAGUGCCACUCCUAUGCACAGCAUCACGGGCUUCAUGGGACCAGGCCAAAGUCUCCAGCCCAACUAUACGGGUCAUCCCGGCUUUCUGAACUCCUCUCCAGGCAUGGUGCAGGGAAUGCAACCCAUGCCACCACCUCCUUACCAGUGUCCCCCUGCAUUUAAUGACAAAUACCCUCUGGAAGACGUGGACCACAGCUCUAGUAUUGCAGCUUUGAGGAUGAAGGCCAAGGAGCACAUUCAGUCCAUGGACAAAACCUGGCAACCCAUGUAACAGGAAAACGGGGAGCGGUAUAAUUUAUUUGGAUCUCAUAG